AUGAAACUGCGUGCCUUCUGUGAUGUUCUUGAGAAACUAGCUCCUACAAGGCACGCUGCCAAGUGGGACAAUGUUGGACUCCUUCUUGAACCGGCGGAUUGUUUUGUUGAGCGAGUGCUGUUGACUAACGAUCUCACUUCCCGGGUUAUGAAAGAGGCCGUCGACUUCAAAGGGAGGCUUUUAUUUUUCUACGAUGAUCGUAACAAUUGGAAAGACAGAAUUGUGACUGAAUGUCUGAAGAACAACAUCGCUAUUUAUUCGCCACACACUGCACACGAUGCAUGGGCAGAAGGUGUCAACGCUUGGCUUAUCGAGGGCAUUCUCGGACAUUCGAAACAUGUACCGAUAUCUCCAACUUUCGAUACUCGAGAAAUGUACGAGAUCUCAGGACAAGCCAGAGACUCUGUCGACAGAAAAGCUUUCCGAAAGAAUUUCAACAAGACGAAAAUCUCAGACGCUGGUGAGCUAAGUGGUCGGAUAUUUAAACGCGACCUUCCUAAACUCUCCGAAAAGUACUUGUCUUCGAUCGACAAUUUCCAGCUUGUUUGCUUGGGUUCUAUCCCUGUUGAAGGUACAGGGAUGGGUCGUAAAGGUGUUCUUACGGAGCCGAUGAAGCUUUCCGAGGUGGUUGAUCUCACCAAGAGACAUCUCAAGCUUCCGAACUUGCGUUUGGUUACAGCGAAUGAUACGGGUCCUGACGGGUUAGUGAGUACGAUUGCGGUCUGCGCUGGUUCUGGCGCCUCUGUCUUGAGCCAUGCUGGCAAAGUAGACUUGUGGGUUACUGGAGAAAUGGGCCACCACGAAGCAUUAGAUGCGCAGGAGAAUAAUACAUCGGUUAUUCUCGCGGAGCAUUCUAACACGGAGCGAGGCUUUCUGGAGUCAUUCAAGACGAAAAUAAUGGAAAAUGAUAUGGUGAAGAAGAGAGAUAUCCAAUUCAUUGUUUCUGAACUCGACAGCGAUCCUAUCAAAGUCGUCUAA